ACAAUAGUUUGGAAAAGAAGGGUUUUUAUCCCUUCUGAAGAAAAAAGAAGCCCUCGAUCUCCUUUCUCCGGCGAAGAAGAGCGGCUCCUGCGUGCGCUCACCUCCUUUCGAUUAACUCUCUCUCUAGCCUCACCGGCGAUCAUCAGACAUGGCAGGGCUUGCACCAGAAGGAUCUCAAUAUGACGGUCAGCAGUAUGAUUCAAAAAUGAAUGAACUGCUUGAUGGACAAGAUUUUUUCACGUCAUAUGAUGAGGUUUAUGAUACUUUUGAUUCCAUGGGUCUGCAAGAGAACUUAUUGCGAGGCAUUUAUGCUUAUGGCUUUGAAAAACCCUCUGCAAUUCAACAAAGAGGGAUUGUUCCUUUCUGUAAGGGACUUGAUGUGAUACAACAAGCUCAAUCUGGGACUGGAAAGACGGCCACAUUUUGUUCUGGGAUAUUGCAGCAACUCGAUUAUGGCUUAGUUGAAUGUCAGGCUCUCGUUCUCGCUCCAACCCGAGAAUUGGCACAGCAAAUCGAAAAGGUUAUGCGUGCACUGGGAGACUACCUUGGCGUGAAAGUUCAUGCUUGUGUUGGCGGAACGAGUGUUCGUGAGGAUCAGCGGAUUCUCUCGAGCGGUGUUCAUGUUGUCGUCGGCACACCAGGACGGGUGUUUGAUAUGCUGCGAAGGCAUUCGCUCCGUCCUGAUUAUAUUAGGAUGUUUGUAUUGGAUGAGGCGGAUGAGAUGCUCUCACGUGGUUUCAAGGACCAGAUCUAUGACAUCUUCCAGCUCCUUCCAUCGAAAGUUCAAGUUGGUGUUUUCUCGGCCACAAUGCCCCCCGAAGCGCUCGACAUUACUCGUAAAUUCAUGAACAAACCCGUAAAGAUCCUCGUCAAACGCGAUGAACUUACCCUCGAAGGAAUAAAACAGUUCUAUGUGAAUAUCGGCAAGGAAGAAUGGAAGCUCGAGACCCUUUGUGACCUUUACGAAACAUUGGCCAUCACCCAAAGUGUCAUUUUUGUGAACACUCGCCGCAAAGUCGAUUGGCUCACCGACAAAAUGAGGAGCAGCGAUCAUACCGUCUCUGCCACACACGGCGACAUGGAUCAAAACACUCGAGAUAUCAUUAUGCGAGAAUUCCGAUCUGGUUCUUCUCGUGUUCUCAUCACCACUGACCUCCUCGCCCGCGGCAUAGAUGUGCAGCAGGUCUCUCUUGUCAUCAACUAUGACCUACCGACUCAACCGGAGAAUUACCUCCAUCGUAUCGGUCGUAGCGGACGUUUCGGACGGAAGGGUGUGUCCAUCAACUUCAUCACGAAUGAGGACGAGAGAAUGCUGGCGGAUAUCCAGAGGUUCUACAAUGUUGUCAUUGAGGAGCUGCCAUCCAAUGUUGCCGAUCUUCUGUGAGUAUUUAUUUUGCUUUUUUGCAUGUUAGGCCUUCUCAAAAUAUUUAAUAAUUCCUUCAAACUUGUGUACUAAAUUGUAAGGUGUUUGCGCUCAUUUUGAAUGUUGUUGGUAACUUUUAAGAUAUGUUUCAUCCUAUGUGACAAAUUUUGUAGCUUGUGUAUGGAUGACCUUAAAAGGAGGCAUCCUGGAUGUUAUCUAUCCGUUAUGGUUGAAUUUUGUGUAUUAUGAUUUUGAUGCUUAACAUUUUGAACUAGUUUAACGGCUCUUUUUUUAAAUAUUUAUAUUU